UGGAAUAACCCUAAAAUGUUGAUCAUAUUGUAUUUACUGCUGAUGCUCAAAGUGGGGCGAUGCACAGACGAGCAGAUCGUUGGGUCAAAGACUGUUCAUGUUGGAGAUAAUGUGACCCUCACAUGUGCUCGCAAGGGUUCAGGAAGCUUGUUUUGGAUCAGGACUGUUUCUGGAAAGGUUCCUCAAGUGUUAGGAAAAACAUAUAGCUUGGAGUCUGUUGAUCCUCGAAUUGAAGCCACUGAAGAGCGUGAAACAUUUGUAUUGUCUAUUAAAAAAGCAAAGCUAAGUGAUACAGCAGUUUACUACUGUAUGAAAAUACAUCAACAGAAAUUAAUAUUUUUAAAUGGAACAGACCUGAGAGUUGAAGGAACAGAACCUGAUGUCACUACAGUCCCUACACCUGAUCCAGUCCAUACAGAAGCCUCUGUGUCUCUGCAGUGUUCAACCCUCUCUGACUCAGAGACAAAACUGUGUCCAGAAGAAAAGUGUGUGUGCUGUUUUGGAGCAGGAGCUGAAUCUCAGCCAAGUUUUAAUUAUACUCAAGGAAACAGUGUUUGUGGAUAUGACAAGAAUCCUGAGGGACUCUCAACAAAGAAAUCUAUAUGCACCUUCUUGAAGAACGUCACCUCUUCUGAUAAUGGGACUUAUUACUGUGCUGUGGCCACGUGUGAACAGAUCAUUUCUGGAAAUGGAUCAAAACUCCAUUCUGAUGAAAGCGGUUUGCAUGCACAGAAGGACAACACAGUUCUCUUUCUGUUAUGUGCUGCUUUGGCUAUAAGUCUGAUUGUUAUAGCCUUUCUCAUUUAUUUAAUCAAGCAACUCAAGAAAAGUUCAUAUGGUCAUUACGCUGAUUUUGCUCUACAAGCAAAUGCAACAGCCAGUGCUAAUCAGGAAAGUCAGCAGACAGAUGAGGAUUCAUUGGUUUAUUCUGCACCUACCUUCACCGGCAGACAAGCUAGAGCUAGCAAAGCAGGAACAAGGGAUACAAAAACAGCGGAAGAAGAGAGUAUCUACACUGAUGUCCGUGCUCUUGGGUUGGAUAAAUAAUAGUAAUAAUCUCAAAUAGUCUAAAAACACUCCAUUUACUUAAUCAUAAUAAUAAUUUUGUCUUCACAUUGUGAGGGUACAUUGAAAUCUUAUUUCGCCUCUAAAGUCAGUAAAAUAUACAGUACCCAUCAAUAGUUUGGGCACACUCUCCCAUUGGGAAAGUGAUAUUUGACCUAUUCCUAAAUAUAUUUGACAUAUAUUUAACCCAAAAAAAAAUCUUUUUGACAUUAUAUGUAGUUAUAUUUAUUGUACCAAUAGACCAAUGACUAUAUACUUCCCUUCCACUGUACAAACAUGAAGCCAAAAUAUCUGCACAGUCAUGAUCGGCAAGUGGAGCCACAGUAUCAAGGUCCCGCCUAUACACCCACUAGACCCAAUCACAAGUCAGUCACAGCUGUCAAUCAAUCAUGACGUUAAACUCACUUUUUAUAAGCAUCAAAUAACUAAUUAAAUCCAAACGUAUCAUGAAAAGUAACACUUAAACAUACAUCAAUGUGAUAAGAGCUACCUAAAAUGACAGAAAUCAUGUUUGGGAAAAUCUUUUUGAUAUACUUUGAUUCACUAGUUUGGCCCAUAUCCCAUCCACUAACACAGAGAGGGCGGGGUUUAUGACCUAUACUGCAGCCAGCCAACAGAGGGCAAUUAGUUGUUUUGGCUUCAUUGUUGGGGAGCUGUGAUGUCGUCGAUCUUUGUAUACAGUCAAUGCUGUAGAGCUAUGCAGUGUGGAUCACAAAACUGAGUUUUUAUCAAAGUUGAGAAACUUAUGUACUUUUACAUAUGUAUUUGUAAGUCUGUAAACAUCUUCCAUGUAUCAAUGCCAUGCCAAGCUAAUGUACUGACAGGACAUGGUGGGUGUGUAAAUGUGUUGCUUCCUUCAUAAAAGAUAAAUAACAAGAGAUAUCAAACCUAUAAUGAAAUUACAAGUUAAACUUAAAUUUUAAUGCACCAUUUUCUAAAACUUUGUGGUGUUUUUUUUUUUUUGCUUAUACAUAGCCAUAAAUGAUUCAUCUUAUAUAGUAGAAUGAUAUGUUACAACGUGAUUAUUUUUGAAACCACCUCUGUAGGGAGCUUGAAAGCGUUGCUUAAUGAAUAAAUGCAACAUGAUAUUAAUAAAAAACUAUUAAAAUAAUAACUCAGGGAGUGAUCAUAUAACAUUACCAGUUUUAAUAUUACUGACUGACUGAAUAUUAUAUGCCAGUGAUGAUGUGUCCCAACCCCUUCAGUUACUGCAGUACCUUUAUUCAGCUGUGCUCACAAGAUUACAUAGAAUAUGGAAAAUUGAAUUUUCCUUAGUGCUGCUGUUUUAUACUGUAUAUCAUAUACACCAAUGUAGGACCAUUGCAAUACUAUAAUCUCAAUAAAAUAAUUAAAUUCUGGAGAACCCACAACUGAACCAUGAGGUACUCCAAAGGGAAUGUUUUCUUAAAAGUUCAGUUAAUAUGUUCAAGCCUGGUCUUUGAAACUUUUUACAGACAUUCAUGGUGCUCAGAGAAUGAAUCCUAAUAACUUUGGUGCUUCCCAGGCACCACGAGGUUCAAAUCUGUGGCUUUAACUGAAAUGUAUCAAUGGCUAUUCAAUGAAUUGCUAUGAAAUCUGGCACACAUUAGUGCCCCAC